AUGGCAACAUUCUCUCCGGUCAACAACGAACUCCAAGCGUCGGAUGAUGUGUCCAUACCAGCACCGAACACUCCGACGUCGGUCGCAAAGAUGCCGGACGAGACACGAGAGAUGGUAGCAGACGAAUCGUCCCCGAACACCCCAACGAGGCACAGCUUUGGUGGCGUCCCGGGUCAACGACCGCUACCAGAUGAGCCACUCACGCCUGCACCGGCCAACGAACAGCAGCAGGAAGACGAAAGUUCUGUGAAACGAGACGGCUCAAAUCGAUCUGGCAAACGAGCUGGUCCCUCUGACGAUGUCGAGAUGGGUGAAGGAGACGACGAUAACGGUGAAGAUGACGGAUCAGACAAUGAUAGUGUGACAAGUGAUUCGCAGAGGCCAUCGAAGAAGAAGAAAGGGCAACGAUUCUUCUGUACUGAGUUCCCUCCAUGUCAACUCAGCUUCACGCGGAGCGAGCAUUUGGCUCGACACAUACGGAAGCAUACCGGUGAGCGACCCUUCCAAUGCCACUGCUCCCGAAGGUUCUCUAGACUGGACAACUUGCGUCAACAUGCACAGACUGUACAUGUCAACGAAGAGAUUCCAGGCGACUCGCUAGCGGCCACCAGCACAAGGUUCCAGCGACAGAUCCGCACCGACAGGGUACGGCCUCCAAACAGCCGUUCUCGUGCUUCGACGCUCGGCAGCAGCAAUGGCGGUCACUCGCGCGGGCACAGCAGGAACCUGUCGACUUCGAGCAUUGGCUCCACUACUUCCAGUGUUGGUGGGAUGGAUGAUGCUCGUCGCAGACCUCAGCCAUUAGCAAUGGCAAACGACCCGUCCGCUCGUGCACGUCUCUCGCUAGAGACGUAUCACCACGGCAUAGGUGGUAGUCCCCAGCAGCAAUACAUCUACUACAACCAGUCGCCGACCGGAUACAGCACACCGACAUCCACUACAUUCUCUACUGGUCCGCAAAGUCCGCGUUUUCAGUCGGGCAUGGCCUCUCCUGCAUCGACCCUGUCACGCUCAUCGUUCUACAACGGGGCACGAGCACCAGGUCGCCGACUCUCUGUGCCGUCUGGACAAAACCCAUUUCAAAAUCAAAAUGCAAUCUAUCCACCGCCAUAUUUCAGCCCUCCCCCAUCUGGCCAGUCGGCGAACUUCUCGCAGAACAGUAGCGUCUUCGCGAGCCCGACCAGCUCUGUCUUCUCACAUGGGCGACGAGAGUCUGAAUCUGAGAUGGAGUACCGCAGGAGGACAUGGCAUCCUAGUACCAACUCCCAGUAUGCCCAGCGACCUGCGACAAGUGGUUUGACCUAUCACCAAACACCAGACGAGCCACGACCGGCUUUCACGCAGCAACAGGCUGCUUCUCAGAUGACCCGGCUCCCUGGCAUCGAAAGCUUUGACCAUGCUCCGCCUCCAAGUGCACGUCAGCAGUCCAGCCCCAUGAUGGUCGACUCCUCGCCUCGCCCACCAAGCUCGGGGCGACCUUCAGAUAUUGGCAUCCAGCAAGGUCUCACUCGACUUGACAUCACCGCUGCAAACGCACCAAUCGAAGGGCAGUGGCAGGUGACCCCAAGCGCACCUCAACAGCAGCCCGCAUACUUCGGCCCGCAGGCUCCGAUACCACCACCAAACUUCUUCCAACAGCAACAGAAACACAUCUCGAUGCCCGAGCAACCGAUCACUCCACACAAGCAUAAGCGCAACGCUUGGUACGGAGGCCCGCUGACGCCGUCCCACAGCAAUGUCGUCGCGCCAGGUGCACUGAGACCAUCGCCAGAAGAUUCAGGCAGCAGCGAUGGGGUACCCACCCCGUCAACAUCUCAAGGCGUGGAGUAUAAUCCGGUCAUAGUGAACGCUAGUAGCAUAGAGCAGUACCCUCCCGGUACUACCAUUACCGACGAUCAAAAAGUAUACUCUGCUCCAGGCCACCAAGGCCGGACCGAUUCGGGCUAUCAGCAGUUUUCAGCCCAAGAUCACCCACCACAACAGACGUACGCUCUGCAGUCCGGACACGACCCACGCUUUACACAGCAGCGCUACAACCAGCCCCCGAACAAUGACAUGGCUGGACUGGAAGCACUUGUCGCCGUCGCCACCAGCGAAGGCAACCGCGCAGUCGAACAUAGGUCGUGA